AUGUGUGACAAUAUUAUUAAAAUAUUCGAUUCAAUUUUAAGGAGAGAUGGUUUUAAUAUAUUACCCGAUUUAUUGAAAAGUGACAAGAAGUGGACGGUGUAUGCCAAGAACUUUGAGAGGCUAGUAAAGUUGUGGACAGAUGACCUCUCUUCUGAGGCACGAAAGCAAAUUGCUCAAAUUAUUUUCGAAAUGGGCAAUGCUAAAAGAGGUGUUCUGGUUGCACUUUUAUUUGCCAUGCUUCCCCAUGAUUUCCAGAAAGAGAAUGCAAAAGGAUUGGAGAGUUUUAUGACGAACGUCAAAGGUAGCUUCCAAUUGCCAUCGGACAUCUUCAAAUUUGGAACUACAUCGCUGGGUUUAGCAGUAUCGAAUGUCGUACCUCAUUCACUUAUUCAAUUAAAUUCCGAAGGUAUUCCUGUUCCAAUGAAAGUAGAUGAUACCAAGAUUAUCUUUCACAAUUGGACAAAGAAGGAAGAAACCGGAAGCUAUAUCUUUGCCGAUGGAACCGAAAGUCCAAAAGGAAAAGUUGUUUUAAUCGACAUAUGGGCCAACUCUUCCAAUCGAGCUUUUUUUUCCGUGUCUGACCAAAUCUACUACUAUCUGCAAGUGUUGCAAAAUGACGCAAUAAAAUCGUUCAACAUUAUCGUGGACUACGAUACUUUUGCCAAGUCGAUAUAUGACUAUUCGGUCUCUGCCUGUUGGAAUCCCAUUCUCGAAAUAUUAUCGAAAAUCGAUAAAACUAUCGAUUUAUGGAGUCUCUUUCAUUAUGAUGCCGAGAAACAAAUUUAUUUGGUGAAAAAACCAAUGGAAACCAAAUUUACUUCCAGCAAACGUAAUCACCAAACCCAAAAUGGAAACCAAAGUAAAGGUGUUGUGGCUGAGCUUGCUUCAACCCCCGAUACAAAUGCCGACAGUAACACAACUAAUGCCAGUGUUGAUAACUUGAGUAACGAUGGCCCAAAUUUCUCCACUUUGGUAACAAUAUUGGUAGAGUUAUUGUACCCAGUAGUAAUCCAAAAUCUUAAAGAGUUAGAUGAGGAACUAUCGAAUCUAAACAAUUAA